AUGUCAUCAUUUGACAGAGCUGCUAUAAGGAAAAAUAUUUUUAUUUUUAAAAAAUGUUUAUUGAUCGAUUGAUUUGAGGUGGGGUCUUGCUCUGUCGCCUAGGCUGGAGUGCAGUGGCUCGAUCAUGGCUCACUGCAGCCUCAAACUCCCGGGCUCAGUGGAUCCUCCAGGUUCAGUCGAUCCUCCGGACUCAAUCGAUUCUCAUGCCUCAGCCUCCUGAGUAGAUGGGACUACAGGCACGCACCACCACACCUGGCUAAUUUUUUGUAGAGACAGAGUUUUGUCAUGUUGCCCAGGCUGAUGUCAAACCCCUGGGCUCGAUCGAGCGCGGUGGCUCACGCCUGUAAUCCCAGCACUUUGGGAGGCCGAGGCAGGUGGAUCACAAGGUCAGGAGAUCGAGACCGUCCUCGCUAACACAGUGAAACCCCGUCUCUACUAAAAAAAAAAAAAAAAAAAAAAUUAGCCGGGCGUGGUGGCGGGAGCCUGUAGUCCCAGAUACUCGGGAGGCUGAGGCAGGAGAAUGGCAUGAACCCGGGAGGUGGAGCUUGCAGUGAGCCGAGAUCACACCACUGCACUCCAGCCUGGGUGACAGAGCAAGACUCCAUCUCAAAAAUAAAUAAAUAAAUAAAUAAACAAACAAACCCCUGGGCUCAAGUGAUCUGCCCAUCUCAGCCUCCCAAAGUACUGGGAUUACAGAUGUGAGCCACCGUGCCUGGCUGAGGAAUAACUUUUUUUUCGAGACGGAGUUUCACUCUUGUUGCCCAGGUUGGAGUGCAAUGGUGCUAUCUCGGUUCACUGGAACCUCUGCCUCCUGGGUUCAAGCGAUUCUCCUGCCUCAGCCACCUGAGUAGCUGGGAUUACGGGCACCUCCCACCACGCCCAGCUAAUUUUUGUGUUUUAGUGGAGAUGGGGUUUCACCAAGUUGGUCAUGCUGGUCUCAAACUCCUGACCUCAGGUGAUCCACCCACCUCGGGCUCCCAAAGUGCUGGGAUUACACACGUGAACCACCACGCUAGGCUAGUAAUAAGAUUUUUAAAGGAGGAAAUAACGUUAGGCAAUACUUAUUGGUGAAGAGCUCAGUACUUCCGCUUGUUUGCUAGGAGAUCUCAUCAGCUAAAGCAGAUACGAAAGUGCCUUCCAGAGAUAGGUAGUAGAAGGUGUGAAGGCCAGGACGUGAGAGGCCAGGUCUGUUGUAAUUGGAAGCAAUUCAGUGUGGCUGGAGGACAAGUGAGAGAUCCUGGGGUGGCAGAGGCCAGAUCACCAAGGUUCUUGUAAGCCAGCAACACUUGGGCUUUAGCAGGAGGAGGAUGGGGACCACUGCAGAAUGUUAACCAAGGGAGUGAUGACAUCAGCUUUGCACAUCAGGAAAAUCCCUCUGUUUGCCACGUGGAUGACGGAGAGGGAGAGGCGGGCAGAUGAGCUGGGCACCAGAGAGAGCUGCAGGUGAGAGGUAGUGGUGGCCUGAGCUAGGGGUGACACACUGGGGUGUGUGGGAGAUGUACUGAAUGGAGAAUCAGUGACAUGGAGAGGAGAGGAGGAGGGAUCAGGGAUGAUGCUCCUUUUCUGGCUUGGUCAGCAUGGCCCAAGCAGCUGGUAGAAGAUACAAGAUAGCCCCCAGGUUUCCCUAGAUGACAAAUAAACAUUCCUUUUCCUGCGUGAAGAUCGUCUGUGGAAACCUUGGCCAUGGCAUCGAUAUCAGAGCCUGUUACAUUCAGAGAGUUCUGCCCAUUGUACUAUCUCCUCAAUGCCAUUCCAACAAAGAUCCAGAAGGGUUUCCGCUCUAUCGUGGUCUAUCUCACGGCCCUCGACACCAACGGGGACUACAUCGCGGUGGGCAGCAGCAUCGGCAUGCUCUAUCUGUACUGCCGGCACCUCAACCAGAUGAGGAAGUACAACUUUGAGGGGAAGACGGAAUCUAUCACUGUGGUGAAGCUGCUGAGCUGCUUUGAUGACCUGGUGGCAGCAGGCACAGCCUCUGGCAGGGUUGCAGUUUUUCAACUUGUAUCUUCAUUGCCAGGGAGAAAUAAACAGCUUCGGAGAUUUGAUGUCACUGGUAUUCACAAAAAUAGCAUUACAGCUCUGGCUUGGAGCCCCAAUGGAAUGAAAUUGUUCUCUGGAGAUGACAAAGGCAAAAUUGUUUAUUCUUCUCUGGAUCUAGACCAGGGGCUUUGUAACUCCCAGCUGGUGUUGGAGGAGCCGUCUUCCAUUGUACAGCUGGAUUAUAGCCAGAAAGUGCUGCUGGUCUCUACUCUGCAAAGAAGUCUACUCUUUUAUACUGAAGAAAAGUCUGUAAGGCAAAUUGGAACACAACCAAGGAAAAGUACUGGGAAAUUUGGUGCUUGUUUUAUACCAGGACUCUGUAAGCAAAGUGAUCUAACCUUGUAUGCAUCACGGCCCGGGCUCCGGCUGUGGAAGGCUGAUGUCCACGGGACCGUUCAAGCUACGUUUAUCUUAAAAGAUGCUUUUGCCGGGGGAGUCAAGCCUUUUGAACUGCACCCGCGUCUGGAAUCCUCCAACAGUGGAAGUUGCAGCUUACCUGAGAGGCACCUGGGGCUUGUUUCGUGUUUCUUUCAAGAAGGCUGGGUGCUGAGUUGGAAUGAAUAUAGUAUCUAUCUCCUAGACACAGUCAACCAGGCCACAAUUGCUGGUUUGGAAGGAUCCGGUGAUAUUGUGUCUGUUUCAUGCACAGGAAAUGAAAUAUUUUUCUUGAAAGGAGAUAGGAACAUUAUAAGAAUUUCAAGCAGGCCUGAAGGAUUAACAUCAAUAGUGAGAAAUGGUCUGGAGAUGUCUGGAUGCUCAGAGCGUGUCCACAUGCAGCAAGCGGAGAAACUGCCAGGGGCCACAGUUUGUGAAACAAGGCUCAGAGGCUCUUCCGUGGCCAGCUCCGUGGCCAGUGAGCCAAGGAGCAGGAGCAGCUCGCUCAACUCCACCGACAGCGGCUCCGGGCUCCUGCCACCUGGGCUCCAGGCCACCGCUGAGCUGGGCAAGGGCAGCCAGCCCCCCUCACAGAGAUUCAAUGCCAUCAGCUCAGAGGAUUUUGACCAGGAGCUUGUCGUGAAGCCUAUCAAAGUGAAAAGGAAGAAGAAGAAGAAGAAAACAGAAGGUGGAAGCAGGAGUACCUGUCACAGCUCCCUGGAAUCGACACCCUGCUCCGAAUUUCCUGGGGACAGUCCCCGGUCCUUGAACACAGACUUGCUGUCGAUGACCUCAAGUGUCCUGGGCAGUAGCGUGGAUCAGUUAAGUGCAGAGUCUCCAGACCAGGAAAGCGGCUUCAGUGGUGAGGUGAACGGUGUCCCGCAGGGAAAUACUGACCCCGAAACGUUUAAUGUCCUGGAGGUGCCAGGAUCUGUGCCUGAUUCCGUGGCUGAGGAAGAUGACAUUAGAACUGAAAUGCCACACUGUCGCCAUGCACAUGGGCAGGAGCUGCUCAAUGGAGUGAGGGAAGAUGUGGGAGGCAGUGAUGUCACAGGACUCGAAGAUGAGCCAUGUCCUGCAGACGACGGACCAAAUAGCACACAGUUACCCUUCCAAGAACAGGACAGCUCUCCUGGGGCGCAUGAUGGGGAAGACGUCCAGCCCAUUGGUCCCCAAAGCACUUUUUGUGAAGCCCCCCUCCUGAACUCACUCACUGUGCCUUCCAGCCUCAGCUGGGCUCCACGUGCUGAGCAGUGGCUGCCUGGGACCGGAGCUGACGAGGGCAGCCCUGUGGAGCCCAGCCAAGAGCAGGACGUCCUGACCAGCAUGGAGGCCUCUGGCCACCUCAGCACAAAUCUCUGGCAUGCUGUCACUGAUGAUGACACAGGUCAGAAAGAAACACCCAUUUCUGAACGUGUCUUGGGGAGUGUGGGAGGACAGCUGACUCCGGUCUCUGCCUUGGCGGCCAGCACUCACAAGCCCUGGCUUGAGCAGCCUCCACGGGAUCAGGCAUUGACGUCCAGCGAUGAGGAGGACAUCUAUGCCCACGGGCUUCCGUCUUCAUCCUCAGAGACGAGUGUGACAGAGCUCGGACCUAGUCGCUCCCAGCAGGACCUGAGCCGGCUGGGUGCAGAGGAUGCCGGGCUGCUCAAGCCAGAUCAGUUUGCAGAAAGCUGGAUGGGCUACUCGGGUCCCGGCUAUGGCAUCCUCAGCUUGGUGGUCUCUGAGAAAUACAUCUGGUGCCUGGACUACAAAGGCGGCCUGUUCUGCAGCGCGUUGCCGGGCGCCGGGCUGCGCUGGCAGAAGUUUGAAGAUGCUGUCCAGCAGGUGGCAGUCUCGCCCUCAGGAGCCCUUCUCUGGAAGAUAGAACAGAAAUCUAACCGGGCUUUUGCUUGUGGGAAAGUCACCAUCAAGGGGAAGCGGCACUGGUACGAAGCCCUGCCCCAGGCAGUGUUUGUGGCCCUGAGCGAUGACACGGCCUGGAUCAUCAGGACCAGCGGGGACCUAUACUUGCAGACAGGUCUGAGCGUGGAUCGCCCUUGUGCCAGAGCCGUAAAGGUGGACUGUCCCUACCCGCUGUCCCAGAUCACAGCCCGGAACAAUGUGGUGUGGGCGCUGACAGAGCAGAGGGCCCUCCUGUACCGGGAGGGCGUGAGCAGCUUCUGUCCGGAAGGCGAGCAGUGGAAGUGUGACAUCGUCAGCGAAAGGCAAGCUUUAGAACCCAUCUGCAUAACGCUCGGGGAUCAGCAGACUCUCUGGGCCCUGGACAUCCAUGGGAACCUGUGGUUCAGAACCGGCAUUAUUUCCAAGAAGCCCCAAGGAGAUGACGACCAUUGGUGGCAAGUGAGCAUCACAGACUAUGUGGUCUUUGACCAGUGCAGCUUAUUUCAGACGAUAAUCCAUGCCACUCACUCAGUGGCCACAGCGGCCCAAGCCCCUGUAGAAAAGGUGGCAGAUAAGCUGCGCAUGGCGUUUUGGUCCCAGCAGCUUCAGUGCCAGCCAAGCCUUCUCGGGGUCAAUAACAGCGGUGUCUGGAUCUCCUCGGGCAAGAAUGAAUUCCACGUCGCUAAGGGAAGUCUCAUAGGCACCUACUGGAAUCAUGUUGUUCCCCGUGGGACAGCUUCUGCUACAAAAUGGGCCUUUGUGUUGGCUUCUGCGGCUCCCACGAAGGAAGGAAGCUUCCUGUGGCUAUGCCAGAGCAGCAAGGACCUGUGCAGCGUCAGCGCCCAGAGCGCACAGUCGCGGCCCUCCACGGUGCAGCUGCCUCCCGACGCCGAGAUGCGCGCCUAUGCCGCCUGCCAGGAUGCGCUGUGGGCGCUGGACAGCCUCGGCCAGGUGUUCAUCAGGACGCUCUCCAAUAGCUGCCCCACAGGCAUGCACUGGACCAGGCUGGACCUCUCCCAGCUAGGAGCUGUAAAAUUGACAAGCUUGGCAUGUGGAAAUCAGCACAUCUGGGCCUGUGAUUCCAGGGGUGGAGUUUACUUCCGUGUAGGGACUCAGCCUCUCAAUCCCAGUCUCAUGCUUCCAGCCUGGAUAAUGAUUGAGCCACCUGUCCAGCCCGCCGGGGUCAGCUUGGUCAGCGUCCAUUCCAGCCCCAACGACCAGAUGCUGUGGGUGCUUGACAGCAGGUGGAACGUGCAUGUGCGGACCGGGAUCACCGAGGAGAUGCCUGUGGGGACCGCCUGGGAGCACGUGCCAGGGUUGCAGGCCUGCCAGCUGGCGCUGAGCACCAGGACCGUGUGGGCCCGCUGUCCAAACGGAGAUCUCGCCCGGCGGUACGGCGUCACAGACAAGAACCCCGCCGGAGACUACUGGAAGAAAAUUCCCGGCAGUGUGUCAUGUUUCACAGUGACUGCUUCAGAUGAGCUGUGGGCUGUGGGCCCGCCCGGCUACCUCCUCCAACGGCUGACAAAGACAUUCAGCCACUCACACGGCACCCAGAAGAGCAGCCAGGCCGCCAUGCCCCACCCUGAGGACCUGGAGGACGAGUGGGAGGUCAUCUGAAGGAGCCCUGGCAGAGUCACGCGGAGGGGCCCGGCGUCUGUGGUGGGCACAGUGGCUUCGGAGUCACUCCCUGGUGGACGUGCUGCCUCAACACUUGUCCAGACACCUCUGGCCAGGUUGGACCCGCACACUUACUUUCAUCUAUGUCGGUUUCUGUCUCGUUCCAGAACCCACAGCCUCCACCCGUGGCUGGCGUGAUUGCUGCAGCAGUGGCGCCUCCGAGCUCAGGACAGUGGUGACCGCCCGGCUGCAUGCACUCCGAUUACCUGCGUGCUGCCGUCUGGUCUCAUCCACAGAUAGCUCCAGCUUUUGCUGGUGGGAGUGGUCUCCGGAGGCCUCCCAGAACCUAGGGUAGCCGGGCAGCUGGUUUGGCCCAGGGGCUCUUUCCACAUUAGUAGCCCCAGGGCCAGAUGGAGCCAAAGGUCAGCUCUCUGCAGCGCAGGAUGUGCUCGGUGAUGGCUUUGUCCCAUCACAGGGGGGUGUCCCCCCAGAGACAAAGCUGCAGAGCACAUUCCACGCCAGACGCUCUGGCCAGGAAGCCGAGGCCGGGCUUGAGAGGAGAGCGCUGGCCAUGCCAGGAGAGAACCAUGCACAACACACCACACAACACACCUCACCACACAACACAACACACCACACACCACACCACACAACACACCACACCACACACCACACCACACACCACACCACACAACACACCACACAACACACCUCACCACACACCACACAACACACCACACAACACACCACACAACACACCUCACCACACAACACACCACACAACACACCUCACCACACAACACACCACACACCACACCACACCACACACCACACCACACACCACACCACACAACACACCACACAACACAACACACCACACAACACGCCACACAAUACACCACACAACACACCACACAACACACCUCACCACACCUCACCACACAACACAACACACCACACAACACACCACACACCUCACCACACCACACAACACACCACACAACACACACCACACACCACACCACACAACACACCACACAACACACCUCACCACACCUCACCACACAACACACCACACAACACACCUCACCACACAACACACCACACACCACACCACACAACACACCACACACCACACCACACACCACACCACACCACACACCACACAACACACCACACAACACAACACACCACACAACACGCCACACAACACACCACACAACACACCACACAACACACCUCACCACACCUCACCACACAACACACACCACACAACACACCACACAACACACCACACAACACACCACACAACACACCUCACCACACCUCACCACACAACACACCACACCACACACCACACCACACAACACACCACACAACACACCUCACCACACCUCACCACACCACACAACACACAACACACACCACACACACCACACAACACACCACACAACACAACACACCACACAACACAACACACCACACCACACACCACACCACACACCACACAACACACCACACAACACACCACACACCACACAACACACCACACAACACAACACAACACACAACACGCCACACCACACCACACAACACACCACACCGCACCACACACCACACCACACAACACACAACACACCACACACAACACAACACACCACACAACACACCACACCACACAACACACCACACAACACACCACACCACACAACACACAACACACCACACCACACCACACCUCACCACACGACACCACACCACACCACACCUCACCUCGCUGCCCACACACGGCGCAGGCUGCCCACCUCCUGGAGAGCACACUUCAGCUGAAACAGUAAAGCCUGAUGGGUGCAAAUGGAACCUGGAUGUGUGCACGUGUGUCCCAGGCAGGGACGGCACAGGAGGGUGCAUGGGAUGUGGGGGAGCUGAGCAAGGGCCGCUGGCUUAGAAAUGUCUUUGGAAUGGUAUGUAACUAAUGCUGCUGGCGGACAUCCUAAAACCAGAUGCAUCCUCAGAGGAUGAGUCUACUAAUUAUUGCCUUUUUUGUUGUAUUAAAAACCUGCAUAAAAUACCUCAUUUCAAAUCAAAUCUUACAAAUUUAGAAGAGAUACAUAUUUUCCGAAAACAGUGGAAGGCCUUUGUUCCUUCCCGGGUUUGUCCUGAGCCUGCACUGUCCUCGCCUGCAGCCUCAGAGGGGCAGGCAUCCCCGCACAGACUUGACUGGCAGGGCGGUCACCGGACCUGCGGGCUGGCUCCGAGUGGCAACCCAUGCCUUCUGCAGGGUAUGAGUUGACACUCGACAGGUUGAAACCAGUGCCUCUAUGGACGGCUGCCGUGGCCCCUUCAGACAAUGGGCAGUGCCCACCCCGCCCACUGGCAUCUGUGCGUGAGGGCUAAGCCGCCCUGCCACACAUCCCGCCCCCUCCCGGAGGCAGCUUCAGGACAGGACACCGGGCUGGCUGCUUUUUUUAGCCUGCCUCUGGCCCAGGCCCAGUCCUCGGUGUCAGGGAGCCCCCAGGCCACAGGUGGAGGGUGAUAAAAUAUGUUCUCUGACAGGACCCAGCCAGCCACAUAGGUGGAGGUUUUCCAUGUCCAAAUGAGGUCAAGAUGCCGAGAUCCCAGAUCUGACUUCACACUUCCCUUUUCUAGAACCUUCUGUAAAAGUUGGUGGCAGCAGAGGCAGCCCCAGGCCGGGCUGCACCUCUCUGUGUCUGUUGUGCCUUGCCCGGCGCCUCACGGAUGGCAAAGCUCUCCUCACCCACGGGACUGUGGUGCAAUUAAACCCGCGUCUAGGUGAUGCUUUUAAACUUGUAGCUUCGUGCUUUGUACAGUUUUCUUUCUGGUUUUAAUUUUUAGUUGUGCUUUGAGUCAGUGCAAUAAACUAGACUUUUUCCAAA